UACUGUAGUGGCGGCGCAGCCAUGUCGGGCCCGGCGCGUGCGCGAUUCCUCGCGCUCCACCUCGUGCCCGCCACACUUUUGCUUCUGCUAAGGAAUCCUACCCCUACAUCAGCGGUAGUGUGUAACCAAACAGUAUGCGACUGUGCCGGCAUCAAAGGGGACGUAGGAUCUGUUGGACCACCCGGUGUGCCUGGUCUUCAAGGUGAUUACGGUGAAGAUGGACCUAUCGGCCGCCCAGGGCGACCCGGUGAGGCAGGGGACAUCGGUGACAGAGGCGAUUUAGGAGACAAAGGAACACAGGGCAUUCGGGGACCUUAUGGACCCAGAGGGGACACAGGACCACAGGGACCCUAUGGACCUCAAGGAGUCCCGGGUUUAGAGGGUUUUGAUGGCUGUAGCGGUAUCGAUGGUAUUAUGGGACCUCCUGGACCAAUGGGUGAUGUCGGAGAAAGGGGUUCACCUGGACGUGGAGGAGAAAAAGGUGAUCAAGGUGCUGCUGGUGAUGGCGGUGUAAACUCGCGUGGUGCGAAAGGUGAUUCAGGUGAACUAGGACGCCAAGGAGUGCCCGGACCUCCAGGAGUAAUGGGUUUUAGAGGAGAUAGUGGACCGCAAGGACCAGUUGGUGAUGAGGGACUCCAAGGUAUUCGCGGAGAACCAGGAGAUAGAGGAAAAGAGGGAGACGACACAAUAGGACCACCGGGAGAAAAAGGUGAUCAAGGGCCCGUUGGUGAGCCGGGCAGACCAGCGUCUAUUAUUGUGACCAGCGAAGUUCGACAGAAUAUUACAAUUAUAACAAAGGGUAACAAAGGCCAAAAAGGACUUAAGGGACAGCGAGGAGUGAAGGGACUUAAAGGGAUGAUUGGUUCCAUUGGUCCACGAGGAACUGAUGGCUUGCCUGGAAUUCAAGGAUACAAAGGUGACCAAGGUCAUGAUGGGCCUAGAGGAAAGGUUGGUCAUCGCGGGCGAGACGGUAACCCUGGCCCUAAGGGAGACAAGGGUGCACCAGGAUUUGCUGGUCCAGAUGGUGCAGACGGUUAUAGAGGAGAGAGAGGUGAAGAUGGAAUGCCUGGUAAUCCUGGACUACAAGGGUAUGCUGGUGAACCGGGAAUUUAUGACGAUAAAUUGGAUGUACCACCCGUACCCGGACCAAUGGGACCUCAAGGUCCUGAAGGUUUUGUGGGUCCUAUCGGUGCACCCGGCUAUCCUGGUCGGCGUGGUUUACCUGGUGUUGUGGGUCCACCCGGUUUACCAGGAAUCAAAGGAACUCAAGGAAGACAAGGUAUACCCGGCACGUCAACUAAAGGAGAACCUGGUAAUGACGGUUUCAAAGGGUUUCCUGGAUAUAGAGGACCCUCAGGUUUUGAAGGACCAUCUGGCGUCGUAGGACCUAGAGGGUUUAAGGGAUCUAAGGUUAUUGGGCCUGUUGGGGAAGAAGGCUCACCUGGCUUAGACGGAAUACCUGGUCAAAGAGGAGAUCGGGGUGAGUCGGGUGACAUGGGACCUUCUGGUUAUCCGGGGACAGGUGUACAUGGAGUUGGUCCUCCAGGAGAAGAAGGCCCUCCAGGAUUUCCAGGUCAAUCUGGAGACCCAGGCUCACCCGGACGUCCAGGAUUUUUAGGACCAAAAGGAGAACGUGGUGAUGAUUGUCCGUAUUGUAAAUCAGGAUCAGAUGGUCCGAAAGGACAACGAGGAGACUAUGGUUUCAAUGGACAGAAAGGUUACCCAGGCUUAGAAGGGAUUCCGGGAGCUCGAGGCAUCAAAGGUUUUGGAGGAAUACCUGGACUGAAGGGACCAAAAGGUCCAAAAGGAAAUAAGGGAAUUGCUGGUGGAGCAGGACCACAAGGAUCCAAAGGGCCAAAAGGAAGAGUAAUUUUCGACCCGCCACUAGCACAAAUUAAAGCGGAAGUCGGACCACGGGGUGACAGAGGGUUCAUGGGUUACCCUGGUAUGCCGGGAGAUGCAGGAUGGCCAGGUCGCGCUGGAGAAAUAGGUUUUAUGGGUAUCAAAGGUCAAAUGGGUGAUGAUGGCUUCCCCGGCAGACCAGGAAGAAAUGGAACUAGGGGAAGAGACGGUCUGCCGGGAAGGCCAGGCCGACCAGCCACAGUACCUAUUCAUUUCCUGGUUGGACAAAAAGGAGAACCUGGAUUGAAGGGUUUAUCUGGCGAGCCUGGUGAAGACGGUCCUCCUGGUGAACCCGGUGAAUCUCUUGCCUAUGGAAUUAACACUAAAGGUCCCAAAGGGUACCCUGGACUUUCUGGACAAAAAGGAUUGCCUGGAUUAAAGGGAGAAAGGGGUGAAUUAGGCUUCGAUGGCUUGCCGGGUUUAGCCGGUGAUCAAGGUCUACCCGGUAGAUCCCAGCGAGGAGAAAAAGGUUUUAAGGGAUUUAUAGGAAUUAAGGGAAGUAUUGGGCCAUACGGUAUACCUGGAGCAAGAGGACAACAAGGAUUAAAAGGAUUCCCUGGUAACCCUGGGAAAAAAGGGGCGCGUGGUGAUGCUGGGCCCGCUAUACUGGUUGGAGAAAAAGGCUUCGAUGGCAUACCUGGCGUUCGAGGUGACGAUGGCGAUGAAGGUUACUCUGGAGUUCCAGGAAGAACUGGCUCUAUGGGACCAAAAGGAAUUCAAGGACCAACCGGAGACUUAGGUCCAGACGGACCCCAAGGACCACAGGGAAGAAAAGGUAUGUCUGGAAUAGAAAUUCGAGGUGCACCAGGUAUGUCUGGUCGGCCAGGGAGACCAGGACGAAUAGGUAUUGUUGGCGAACCGGGAUUACAAGGAUCUAAUGGAAUUCCUGGAGACAUGGGCCCUAAAGGAAUGAAGGGAAACACUGGGUAUAUGGGAUUUAUUGGCAUGCGAGGAGAAAACGGACCACCUGGUCCUGACGGAUUUCCGGGUUUGGCAGGAAUAGUGGGCAAUAAAGGUGAUCAAGGAGAGCGAGGAGAUACGGGUGCUAAUGGAUUCGACGGGGAACCUGGUUCAAUAGGUCCCAUAGGAAGUCCCGGACAGAAAGGAGAUCAGGGUGAUAUAGGUCCUGAUGGUUUACCGGGGACUGAUGGCAGGCCUGGUUUCAAGGGAGGUAGAGGAGAUGUUGGUUUUCCAGGAUUACCUGGGGCUAGAGGUGAAAACUCUCUAAGAGGUAUGAAAGGCGAUGGAGGUCAGCCGGGUUUGAAUGGCAUUCCCGGACGCCCCGGUUUGAAAGGUUUUAAAGGUAUCGUCGGUGACAUUGGAUCUCCUGGCGUGAUUGUAACAGGAGAACCUGGUAUAAAAGGUGAAAAAGGAAAUGACGGAUAUCCAGGAAGAAAUGGGGCUGUUGGAAGAAAAGGAGAUCAGGGUGAUAUCGGUCUUAUAGGAGAACGCGGUGAAGAUGGUGGUAAAGGUUUCCCUGGCAGACCAGGUCGCCCAGGAAGGCAUGGAUCCGUUGGAUUAAAAGGACAACAGGGUGAAUUUGGACUCACUGGAAACUCAGGACAAAAAGGUGACGAAGGCAUGGUUGGUAGACCGGGUAGAAUCGGUUCCCCUGGACUUCCUGGUGAAGUAGGUAAUGAAGGUCCACCUGGAGUCCAAGGUUUUACAGGAGCUAAGGGAGUCCAAGGUGACAUGGGUCUAACCACUUAUGUGGCUCCCACUAAGGGUGACAUUGGUGAUAUUGGUAUGGAAGGAUUACCUGGUGAACCAGGAGAUACAGGUGACAUUGGAUACGUGGGUUACGUUGGUAGAAAAGGAGAUCGUGGUGAUGUAGGAUAUCAAGGACAAGUUGGUGAUACUGGUAUACCAGGCUACAGGGGUUCAACAGGUGACCAAGGACCUCCAGGACUACCUGGCAUUAAUGCAGAGAAUGCUCCAAGGGGUGAACAAGGAAAACCUGGAUUUGAUGGUCUACCUGGAUGGCCUGGACCUAGGGGACAAAAGGGUAAGCCAGGUGAAUAUGGUAUAAACGGUCCUGAUGGAUUACCUGGCCCCCCUGGUCUCUCAUUCCAAGGACCGAAAGGAAUGACUGGAAUGGAUGGUGCUCCAGGUCAACAAGGUAUGCCUGGGAGACCCGGAAGGGAAGGAUUCGAAGGUAGUCCCGGCAUGCGUGGAUUCCAGGGUGACACUGGCGAAAUUGGAGAUUCUUACAGCCCUAAAGGUGAAAGAGGUGACCAAGGUCAACCAGGCUUCUAUGGAGCUAUUGGACAAAAAGGGGAGCUUGGCGACAAUGGUAUAGACGGACGACGAGGACGAGAGGGAUUGGCAGGUGUCAAAGGGUUCAGAGGAGAUGAGGGAGAAGAAGGGUUUUACGGACAAGCUGGACUUAAAGGUAUUAAGGGUGAUGCUGGCGAUACAGUUGACAUAUUUGAUAUUAAACCUGGACCGCUUGGCGACAUUGGACCAAAUGGAUUCAACGGACAGCCCGGGCAAGACGGAAAACCUGGUGCUUUUGGCCGCAAUGGUGUGCCAGGAAGCAAAGGAGAGAGAGGCGAUAUCGGUUUCCCAGGACGAGCAGGACCUCAGGGACUUAUGGGACGAGAGGGGCUGAAGGGAAUCAAAGGCUUACAAGGAUACCAAGGAAACCGUGGUAUUACUGGCAAUGCUGGCAUUCCAGCUGUACAACCUAUGCCAAAAUCUCGAGGCUUUUACUUUACAGUACAUUCACAAAAAAGAAUGAUUCCACAAUGUCCAGCAGGAACUUCACCCCUUUGGAGCGGAUACUCCCUUAUACAUAUCCUUGCUAACGGGAAAGCACAUGGACAAGACUUGGGUGCUUCAGGAAGCUGUUUACGCAAAUUUUCGACAAUGCCGUAUAUGUUCUGUAACAUCAAUGAUGUUUGCAACUUGGCCCAACGUGAAGACUUUAGUUUUUGGCUAUCGACGCCUGAACCUAUGCCUAUGUCCAUGACUCCCAUACGCGCAAAUGAUGUUGGCAACUAUAUUUCUAGGUGUAUGGUAUGUGAGGCACCAACCCGAACAAUAGCUGUGCAUAGCCAAAGUAACAUAGUCCCCGACUGUCCUGUUGGGUGGCGAGAAUUAUGGCAGGGUUACAGUUUCCUAAUGCACACUGCUGGAGCGGAUGCCACAGGUCAAAGUCUUAUAUCCCCUGGAUCCUGCAUGAGGGAGUUCCGAGCACGUCCAUUCAUUGAAUGUAAUGGACUUGGACGCUGCAACUACUUUUCAACUUCCGUUUCCUACUGGCUCUCAGUUAUAGAUGAUUACAGAAUGUUUGACAAACCUGAACAGCAAACCUUGAAAGCCGACCUUGUCUCCAAAGUGAGCCGCUGUGCUGUUUGCAUGAGAGAUUGGCCUGUGCCACAUAAGAGCACGGCUCGCGCACCUACAACUCAAGGAGACCUGAACUCCGUGCCUAACGCGGCUAUACGAAGGCCAUAUCGUCCGAACCCGCGUCGACCCUACUACCGUCGUGGCAUACGUGGAAGGCGUCGGCAAUGAAGAGAUUUUCACAAUUUAACGAGAUUCAACUAAACUUUUAUUCGUAGGACUAAAAUAUUGUGAUGUAUUUCUAUAAAGGAAUAGGAUGAAAAUGUGGAUAGAAUUUAAUAUCACUGCCAAAUUAUAUAAAUAUUAACUAUUUUUAUUUUCAUAACUACCUAGUAUUUAACUGAAUAUUUUUUUCACGUUAGGUAGCAAAUAAUCAAGAUUAAAUCUCAACACAGAGCAGGACCGUAAUGACUUUUAAUUAGAUGAGUACAUGUAUUGUUUUAAAGUAAAGGCUCUCUUGAAAAGUGGCUCUCGUGUGGCUACAACUAUUUGAAAAAUUUCGUUUUUGCCUCUAAUCUACUUGAA